AUGACCAAGAUCCCCCUCGCGCGCUACAUCUUCCAGCGCCUCCGCCGGUACGGCGUCGACCACAUCCACGGCGUGCCGGGCGACAACCUGCUGCAGGCCCUGGACCACAUCGCGCCGGCCGGAUCGCGCUGGGUCGGCUGCUGCAACGAGCUCAAUGCCGCCUACGCGGCCGACGGCUACGCCCGCGUGCGCGGCAUGGGCGCCGUCUUCACCACCAUGGGCGUCGGGGAGCUGUCAGCCGCCAACGCCGUCGCCGGCAGCCAGGCGGAGCACGUGCCCGUCGUGCACCUCGUCGGCGUCCCCUCGCGCGCCGCAAUGGUCGGCCAGAGCGGCUACCCCAAGGUCAUGCAUCACUCCCUGGAGCCGGGCGGCGGGCUCGAGCCGUUCUGCGAGAUCGGCAGGCUGCUGACCCAGGGCCGUGACGAGUUUCGCUCCACUGCUUCGGUGUACGGGGACAUGACGGCGGCCGACUUUGCCUCUACGUUUGAUUCCAUGCUGCGGAGGAGCUUCGCCCAGAGCAAGACCAUGUAUUUCCCGUUGCGGGCGGACCUGGUCGAGGAAGGAGUUGAUAGCAGCGGGCUGGAGAAAAGUCUCGACGCCCCUAGACAAACAUUGGACAACAUCCCGAGAGCCCUACGUGAAGCCAAACAGCCCGUGAUUUUGGUCGAUCGAGGUCUUGGGAUGGAUGCCCUCAGCAAGGAAAUCAACGAGCUAGUACGCAUAUCCCGCGUCCCCACGUUCUGUAUGCCCUCGGGAGCCGGCAUGAUCGACAACGACCUACCCAACUACCACGGAGUGCACUCGGGCCCUUAUGGCCGGAUCGACUCGAUGGACUACGUGAAUUCUUCCGACUUGGUCCUCGCCUUUGGGCCCAUGUUCUCUGACACCAACACAUUCAGGUGGAAGACGGUCCCGACGGAAUCGAAGCUCAUGAUCGUGGGGACGCAUACCACCCGCCCAAAGCAAUCCAGCCUCAACUCGGCAAGCCCAGUUAUACACGAGCAGGUCAGCAAGGAGAGUCUGUGCCGGGCGAUAGAGACGAUCAAGCAAAACCCGAUCCGCCCCAGAGCGGCCAAACUCAUAAAGGACUGGCGACACCGGACGCCCAAGUCGCUCCGGGCCGACGAGCCCAUCAACCAGACGGACCUCUACGACAAGCUGAGCGCGUAUCUGCGGCCGCACGACACGAUCCUCGUCGGCAACGCGACGCCGCUCCUGGGCGCGCGCGACUUCGUCCUGCCCAGGGGCGCGCGCGUCAUCGCGUCGGGCCAGUGGUUCUCCAUCGGCCACAUGCUGCCGGCGGCGCUGGGCGCGGCGCAGGCCAAGCGGGGGCUCGAGGGCGAGCGGGGCCUCGGCCGCACGAUCCUGCUCGACGGCGACGGCAGCUUCCAGGUGACGGCGCAGGAGCUGAGCACCAUCAUCGCGCAGCGGCUCGACGUGACCGUCUUCAUCUUCAACAACGGCGGCUACGCCUACGAGCGCCUCAUCCACGGGCCCGACGAGGAGUACAAUGACGUUGCGCCCUGGAGCUACCUGCAGCUGCCGCGCGCGUUUGGUGCCGACCGCGCCUGGGAAGAGUUUGGCUACGAGACGCAGACGCACCGCGUGCGGACGUGGGCGGAUCUGGACGCCCUGCUCGCCCAUGACAAGUUCUGCACCGGCCCCGGGCUCAAGAUGGUGGAGCUCAUACUCGACCGCAACGAUGUGCCCGAGCGUUUUCGGACUCUCUUUCGGAAUUGA